UUCUAUCAAUUUUUUUAUAUUUUUUAUAAUGUUUAGGUUUCGAACACUUAUCAUGGAAAGGAACGCAUAUUUGACAACGGAUCGAAUUUGACAAAUUACUGACAGUAAGUCAUAGAUAUUCCGUUCGUGGGUGUGAUUGUCCUUCCAAAUUCAAAAGAUCGAAAAAUAUUCUCUAAGAGAACACGUAUUCUUUUAUAUUAUAAAUGAAAAAAAGUGUUUAAAAUAAAAAAUAUAUAUAUAUCAAAUUUUUCCGACCAUCAUUCUGUUAGUGAAAUCUAUACAUACUAUGGCCUCGUUUGCGGCACAAGCGGCUCUAAGGUCCAGAUGGAGCUCUUUAAUAGAGUCUACGAGUGUUGAUGUACCCGGGGAAAUGACUGAUGGUGUCCGAUCUGUCGUUGGAUGGCUGAAACAGGCGUCACUGGAAGUAAGACAAGUGGGAAGGCGAGCGGUGAGCCAGCUCGCCGGACGAGGCAUGGACGAUGAUGUCGUGAUUGUUCAUUUCAAUGAUGUAUAUAAUAUUGAACAGACUACGAACACUGAACCAGUGGGAGGUGCAUUAAGGUUCAGCACAGCAGUAAAAGCCCUACAACAUCUGAAUCCUCUGGUUUUAUUUAGUGGUGAUGCGUUCUCGCCGAGCAUGUUGAGCACCUUCACAAAAGGCGAGCAAAUGGUCCCAGUUCUAAAUGAAAUUGGUACUCAUUGUGCAGUUUUCGGAAAUCACGACUUCGAUUUCGGACUAGACGUCUUAUCGAACCUGGUUUCCCAGUGCAACUUCCCAUGGCUCAUGUCGAACGUGAUAGACAACGAGACGGGUAGACCGUUGGGCGAUGGGAAGAUAACACACGCAUUACUCUGCAACGGUCAUAAAAUCGGUCUCAUCGGUUUAGUGGAACAGGAAUGGUUAGAAACGUUAGCGACAAUAAACCCGGACGAAGUAACAUUCAUAGAUUUCCUUCAAGCAGGAACGAAGUUAGCGUCGCAAUUGAAACAAGAGGGUUGUGAAUAUGUAAUAGCUUUAACGCAUAUGAGGACCCCUAACGACAUCAAACUAGCCGAAGGUUGUACGGAAAUCGAUCUCAUUUUGGGGGGGCAUGACCAUGUCUAUGAAGUUCUAGAGAUAAACAAUAAAUAUGUUGUCAAAAGUGGUACAGAUUUCCGACAAUUCAGCAAGAUUACCAUCAACUUCGGUACGGAGUCAACUCGCGUGGAUAUAGCCGAUGUCGAUGUGACCAGCUCGUAUGAAGAGGAUCCAGUUUUAAAGGCGAAGGUCGAAAAAUAUUCUGCUAUGAUAGACGGAAAAAUGGAUGAAGUACUUGGCAAGUUUUGCGUACCUUUGGAAGGUAGAUUUUCUGUGGUACGCCGUCAAGAAUGUAAUCUUGGAAACUGGGUCUGUGAUGUGCUCCUAGCUGCUACCGGUGCUGAUCUGCUAAUCCUCAACUCUGGCACAUUCCGAUCAGAUCAGGUUCAUCCAGCGGGAGACUUCACUCUACGUGACCUGUCCACCAUCAUCCCCAUGCGAGACCCUCUGGUAGUCGUUGAGGCGACCGGUGAGACUGUCCUCAAGGUACUGGAGAAUGCCGUGUCUAAGUACCCAAGCUUGGAAGGAAGGUUUCCACAGGUGGCGGGAGUGUCGUUCGCCUUCGAUCCCUCAAAGCCACCAGGCGAGAGAGUCUCAGAACAGGUAGUCAAGAUCGGUGAUGAAUACCUUCAACGUGACCAGAAAUACCGGUUAGCUGUGAAACAGUACCUCCACUCUGGCAAUGAUGGCUUCACCAUGCUACCCCAAUGUCCAGUGUUGGUUUCGGAGGACAUGUGCCCUGAGAUAGGAAUGGCCAUACAGAACCACUUCGCAGCGAUCAACGUGAGAACGGGAAAGUCCAGACCGUCCAAACAUAGACAGUCUCUUGUUACAUUAAGCCGAAGACACAGUCUAGUUAAGAUGUUGGACGGAAGCGAACUAGAUGGUCCACCGCCAUUACGGAGAGCGUCCUCGACUGUAGUCGAAUCUACGCACUCGACGCACCACAGGCUCACCCGACGCGCGUCGCUCGACGACUUGGAGCAAAACGCGUGCGACCUGGCGCCCAAGAUCGAAAACCGGAUAGUGAUCCUCGAUAAACCGGAGAAAUUUCAAGAAUUACUAGCGGAGAGAGCGAGGUGGGAAUCGGACUCCGUUAUAAAAGAGGUGGACGAAAACUCACCGUAAUAUGUUUACCAUUAAUCAUAAACGCCUAAAUUAUAAUGCUAUUGUUUAGUCGAUUAUUAACAGUACCGGUCCUUGAGCAAAGUGGAAUAAGUCGCUUUAUAUAUAAAAGGGAAUUUCAGCAUCUUAUUACAAAAAUAAUGACACUUUGACGAUCUCCGUGGUCGAGUAGUGUGUACACCGGUUUCGUGGCCGAGUCGAUGUAGAAAAAUUUCAUUAGUUUUCAUUGCUGUCUUGGGUCUGGGCGUUUGUGGUACCUUCGUUACUUCUGAUUUUCCAUAACACAAGUGCUUUAGCUACUUACAUUGGGAUCAGAGUGAUGUAUGUGAUGUUGUCCAAUAUUUAUUAUUAUUAUUACUUUGGAUUCGAAUAUUGCUCUUGUUAUUAAUGCUACCAAAUGAAAAAGUCAUUUCGAAUCGUCGUCGUUGCGGUUUGAAUACCCAUCGGAUUACAGGAGUAUGUUAUAUAGUGUACUUGUGUUAGCGUACAUAACGCCUCCUGUUCUCUGUCGAGCUGGAUUUCAUCAGGUUCGACUAAAACUGUCUGAAUGUAAACGGUAAAGAUUUUAUAUUGAUUAGACUAAUUCAUUAUUCACAAAGUAUGCUCAAGGUCG